GUGGCUCAAAAACCCUUGGAGAAAUUACAGGGUUUGGGGUUUUUUUGUGGUUUUCUUUUUUGCCUGGAACUCGUUCAGAUGCAGAGCGUUAGCCGUGAGGUUUAGGUCGUGCUGGAGGCUUUCCCCUUUGUGCUGCUGCGGGUCGUGGGUCCGUGGAGAGCUGUAAUGGUGUUACUUGAAAUAAUUUGGUGCUUUCUGGGCCCCUCCCAUCCUGUAACAUCUUGAUCGGGCUGCUGAGGGAUGUUAAAACAAGUUGAGUGAAUUGCUAGCAAAAAAAAAAUAAUAUCUGUUUUCAAGAUAGAAGUUCACGUCAUCCCCAGGCAGGUGGUUGUUUUGCUUGUGUAGGAGCUGCCUAAAGUAGAGAUGGAAGAAAGAUAGCCAAGGCUCUUCUCGGUUACCCUACCUGUGCUCACGUGGGGGGCAGUCCUUCCAGAAACCAACCCCUGAAUGCCUGCAGCGGGUCCUGACUCUGCCCUGGUGUCUUACAGGGAAGGAAGCCCAGAAAGGGCCUCUGCUCUUUGACGAUCUCCCACCAGCCAGCAGUGCUGACUCAGGAAAAGGAGGUUCUUUACUUUUUGAUGAUCUUCCGCCAGCCAGCAGCGGUGACACAGCCUCCAGUGCUAUUGAGCAGGUCUCAUCAGCAGGGAGCCAUGGGAAAGGGGAGAAGAGAAAGUCCUUGGAGGAGGAAGAGAAGAAUGGCAGGGUCAGCGGGCAUUCUUGGAUUGAAGGGUUAUGUGGCAGAGAGGAAAGGUGAAAGAGAAGACAUGCAGGAUGCACAUGUCAUCUUAAACGAUAUCACUGAGGAAUGCCAGCCUCUGCCCUCCCAAAUCACACGUGUCUCGUACUUCGCUGUUUUUGAUGGCCACGGGGGAGUCCGAGCCUCAAAAUUUGCAGCACAGAAUCUGCACCAAAACCUGAUUAAGAAAUUUCCUAAAGGUGAGGUAGUCAGCGUGGAGAAAACUGUGAAGAGAUGCCUUUUGGACACCUUCAAACACACAGAUGAAGAGUUUCUAAAGCAGGCAUCCAGCCAGAAGCCAGCAUGGAAAGAUGGCUCCACAGCUACUUGUGUCCUAGCUGUCGACAAUAUUCUCUACAUAGCCAACCUUGGGGACAGCCGGGCGAUUCUGUGUCGUUACAAUGAAGAGAGUCAGAAACACGCAGCCUUAAGCCUCAGUAAGGAGCACAACCCCACCCAAUAUGAGGAGCGUAUGCGGAUACAGAAAGCUGGGGGAAAUGUCAGGGACGGAAGAGUCCUAGGAGUGCUGGAGGUUUCCCGCUCCAUUGGGGAUGGCCAGUACAAACGGUGUGGUGUUAUCUCUGUGCCAGAUAUCAAACGCUGCCAACUCACGCACAACGACAGGUUCAUUCUGAUAGCGUGUGAUGGCCUCUUUAAAGUCUUUACACCAGAAGAAGCUGUGAACUUCAUUGUGUCCUGCCUGGAGGAUAAGAACAUCCAGAUGAGAGAAGGGAAGCUAGAAGCAGAUGCUAGAUAUGAAGCUGCGUGUAACAGACUGGCCAACAAGGCAGUACAGCGAGGGUCAGCGGACAACGUUACGGUCAUGGUGGUCCGGAUAGAGCACUGAGAGAUGAAGUGCGGCAGCAGGAUCCCCAGCUUGCAGCGGAUGUAAGGGAAGGAAGAAGUCGGUGUGCGUGUAUGUGUGGCCAGGGGAGGGAGGGUCCUGCUGGAUGCUCUUCAGUGUAAAUAAAGGUGUUUUUUUUUUUCUAAUAGUUUUAGCUCACUUGGCUAGCAGUGUUUUCUAAGUGGCUGCCACAGUGGAUCAGCCUAUGCGGAAAUCUCUUGUCCUGUCAACCCCCCGUGAAUGUCUUGGCAAACCAAAUAAAUCCAUUUUGCAGAGGUGCUAGCAAGAGCAGGCAUCUGUGGGCAUGAACUCUGCCAGCUGUUCCAAA